AUGUCCUCCAUUGAUGUAGCCGGUGCUGUCCGUAACAUGCUGUUUGGAGACAGUAACAUCAGCUCUGAGUUGUCCCUUGCUAUGGCAUCAUUAGCCUCCGCUGUGGACCGACUCAAAAAUCAGCAAAAUCGACUGAAGGAGCAGCAUGAUGCCACUACCAAAGAAUUGGAUUUGGUCAGGCGGAUGUCCAGAACCAACUGGUUGCUGGUUGUCAAUCUCCCACGACCCUUUGGUGUGUCAAAAGGUCAGGCGCUGCAGCUUCUUUUCGACAAUUUAAGUUAUGCCAAACCUCUAUUUGACGCCGAGAGGGAUUUAUUGGCCGCUGAGAUUUUGUGCGUGAACAGAAAUGGCGCCUCCUGCAACAUGGCUUUCUUCGUGGCCCAGCGCCACUACGAUCAUAUCAUGGGUGCUGAAUUCCAGAAAACAUUGGUAGCCAGCAAACAGAAGGUUCCCAGAGGUACGUUGAUCCUACUGACCAUGGGUAAAUAA